UCCUCUUUCUUCACCAGACCAGGGGCAGACAGGUUGGAUGGAUGGCUACCCGCUACUUCCUAGGGGGAACGAUGAAGCAGAUUUGCUUCUGCGCCGCCUCCUCCUUUGUGAGCCAAGACUGGAGCAAGAAUGAUGAGAAGCUCUUGCAGGCGGUGGAAUUCAAUGAUGCAGAUCGAGUCUCCUCGCUCCUGCUCCGGAAGAGCUUGGUCCCCACCAAAUUGGACAUGGAGGGGAAAUCAGCGUUCCAUUUGUGUGCUACGAAGGGAAACGUGGACUGCUUGGAGGUGAUGUUGGCCCAUGGGGCAGACGCUCUGACCACAGAUGGUUCAGGCCACACGGCAUUACAUCUCUCAGCGAAACAUGGCCACCCACAGUGUGUAAGCAAGCUGUUGCAGUCUUCCUGCCCUGUUGAUGUAGCCGAUAGCCAGGGAAGGACCGCACUCCACCACGCAGCCAUCCAUGGAUCUAUCUCUUGUUUGGAAAUCCUUUGUGACUUUAAGGCUUCCUUGAACAUGAAGGAUCAGGAUGGGGCAACUCCUCUGAUGCUGGCUGCCAAGAUGAACCACUCUGAGCUCUGCCGCUACUUGCUACACCGAGGAGCAGCUGUUAAUGCAAGAGACCAGAAAGGCCGAACAGCCCUGAUGGUUGCUUGUGAGAAUGGCAGUGUGGAGACAGUUGAGGCUCUUGUCCACGGCGGGGCACGGGUUGGCCUCAUCGAUGCCACAGGCCGCGAUGCAGCACACUACGGAGCCGCGACGGGCAAUGCUCUCAUUCAGCACUAUCUCCAAGAUGCUGCCCAAUGCCACUCUUGGGCCAGUGAAGAACAAUCAUCUGAUCUGUCUUCUCAGGCAUCUUCUUCUCAACAGUCUCUCUGCAAGGAGAAGAGCACCAGUCCAAGGAAGCGGAAGGCACCUCAACCGCCCACAAGCAACCCCAACCAGGUGGACCGGGAAGCCUAUGAGGAAAUUGUGAGGCUACGGCAGGACAGGGCUCAGCUUCAGCAAAGGAUCCGGGGACUGGAGCAACUCCGGGAACAACAGAAACAGGAACAGCUGGAGUUUCAAAAUGGCUCCUUGCCUACUCUGGAGAAGCAGCUAGAGGAUCUUCAGAACCAACUGGCGGAGACAGCAAAUGAGAAAGAAAAUCUUGGGAAGGAACUGGAGGUGCUACGAAGCCGUCUUUCAUUGUUUGAGAAUGAGAAGGAAAAUACCAGCUAUGAUGUUGAAACUCUGCAGGAUGAAGAGGGGGAGCUGCUAGAGUUUCCAGUGGCUGAACUUCUUCUAUCCAAAAAAAGCUUAAGUGCCUCUACUGAACAUCUCCUAGCAACCCUGCAGGGCCAGAUAGAGUCCCUGACCCAGAAGAACAGAAAGUUAAUGGAAAAGAUACGGAUUCUGGAGAAGUACGAGAAGGAUGAGAGCGAUGCUGACACUUCUGGGGACUUCAUUCCUGUCAUUUUGUAUGACUCGCUCAGGUCAGAGUUUGAGAAGCUGAAAGAACAGCACAUGGAGGCUCAGGAGGUUUUGAAGUCCCUUGAAGGCAACCCAACAGGUGGAACCUCUUGUAAACUCAUCCCAGCAGAGGCUUAUGAACAGCUGAAGGAUGAUUAUGAGAAGCAAAUAACAGCUCUUAAAGAAGCUUUGGAGAAGAUCAGCUGCCCAGACAAUCAGAUCAGGAGGAACCAAGCAAUGAAAAAUAAAGCUGGCUUGGAACCGGGAGAAAAGAGCAAAUUAAACCAGGUGACUAGAGAAGAGAUGGAAGAGCUAGUGAAUGAGUUAAGCAAGACCCAGGAGAAAUAUCAGGCAGCUUUAGCUGAAGUGAAGUUCCUUGAAGAUCAGAUUGAGCUGGGGAUCCUGUCUGUGGAGGACAAAGAGGCUGCUGAGAGUUCCAGAACUGAACUCGAGACUGUGAAGGCUGCUUUGCAUCAGACUCAAGAGGAGCUGGAGGAGCAAGAUCAGAAGGUGAAGGAUUUGGAGGGGCUGCUUGGGGCUCAGGAAGAAAGAGUUACCCAAGGCUGCUCCACUGAGGCAUAUGAGGAGAUGAAAGCCACGCUUGCUGGCUCCUUGGAUGUGGUGUCCAAGGAGAAGGAGGCGCUUCUAAUGAGGUGUACCUCUGCGGAAACAGAACUAAGGGAACUGAGAGACUCCUUGGGGAAGAAAAGCCACGAGAUGCCUGAAGGAAGUUCUUCAGUCAGCCAGGCCCUUCAGGAGGAGACUGGCAAAUUGCGAGAGCAGCUGGAGGCCAUGACAAAGCAAUACGAAGAAGUGAAGGCUCACGUGGAGCAGCUCCGAGAAGGGCGGGAGAAACUGGAAGAGGAGCUUCAAGCCACAAAGGAGAGGCUGGCUUCCCAGUAUAUCUCUAGGCUGGAGCAUGAAGACCUGGUGGGGAAAUUGAAGGCUUCCCUCUCAGAUGCUGAAAAGAGGUUACUGGAGAUGAAAGAGAAAUAUAGUUCAACCCAGACUGAGCUAGUAGAACUGCAGAAGACAACAGAGAGCUACAGGCAAGAGUCCGUGCCCCUGGCAGAGCAUGCUCGUGCCAAGGAAGCCUUGGAGGGCACCCUGUGGGAGCUGAAGGCCAAGGUCAAGCUGUUGGAACAGGAGCUCAAAGUUAAAGCCCAGGAGGCCUCACACCUCCAGGCGGAGCUGGACAAGGUCCAUCAAGGCUCAGUGUCCAAGGAAUCUCACGAACAGCUGAGGGCAAGCCUGCAGGGUGAAAUCGAUGUGCUGAACGUGAAGCUGAGUGACCUGGGGUGCAAGCACGAACGCACCUGCGCAGAAGUCUUCCAGGUGCAGCGGGAGGCUCUCUUCAUGAAGAGCGAGAAGCACGCGGCCGAGGCUCAGUUAGCGGCAGCCGAGAAGCAGCUGCAGAGCUUGCGGGAUGAGUCUGAACGCCUCCAGGAGCUGCACAGCCACAUUGAGGACUCAGCCAAGCUGGUCAGGGAAAAGGACAAGAAGAUCACAGAGCUCUCGAAAGAAGUCUUCAAACUGAAAGAAGCUCUGAAGGACCUUUCAGAGCUCUCCAGUGGUGCUUCCCCUAAAGGGUUCUUCUCACCAAAGGCAGAGAGUGAGCUGGAAGUAGCCACCUUCCAGAGCAGAAUUAAAGAUCUGGAGCAGCAGUUGGUUGAGGCUGAGCGACGCCAUAGCAAUAUCAUUUCUUUGUACAGAGGACACCUUCUCUAUGCUAUCCAGGGCCACAUGGAUGAGGACGUCCAAAAAAUCCUCUUCCAGAUUUUGAAGAUACAGAGGCUCCAGGAGCAAGGGAGAUGAGCCCAGGCGAUGGAUCGCAGACUCGACCGGGGUGGGGUGGGCAGGCUGGGCAUUUCCUUGGGGGAGAAGGACAUCAAGGUCACAUCAACCAUCCAGCCCAACGGUGAGCCAGGAAGGGAGCAGACCAGCUCUAACCCAAUGCCUUUGAAUUGCUCCACAGCAGGCAGGAAACUUCACCUUUAAAUGUCCAUGUUGGGCAAAGCACUACUGGUUGAACUUCUGCCUGCCAUAACAAUGUUAAAGGCUACAGGGUCAUUGCAGGGGGGAAAAAAAGAGUCAAAAGAGAGAUGAAAGACCUGGAGUGGGACAGGGGCAUGAUCCCUAGUGGCCGGCUGUUUAUUUCCAAGAGCCACUGGGGCUGACGGCAAAGACCCGGGAGCCAAUUCUUCCUUUCCCAUGAAACGUACUGGGGAAAGGCCAGCCGUUCUCUCUGACCGUGGACUGCCUACGAGGUUGUUGUUUGGGUAAAGCGUGGAGAAAUACGUAGCUUUGGGUUCUGUACCGGGGUGUGUGUGAGUGUGUGUUAAAUAGCUGAGUUGGGGGUUAUGCACACCUGCAUAAUCGAAGCCUCGCCUCUUUUUAACGUGUUUUGUAACACAUGCAAAAAAGGAGCGGGGCCGCCCUGUUGGCUUUUUUGACCCCCGGCAUCCCUGCUCUGCACAGAAGCAGCGGGAUAGAAAUGUGGUAAGUACGUUUUUAAGACAGAGAAGGAACAGAAGUCGUUGUUGGGAGUCUGGGGGCUGAAAGGAGGUCAGUGUAUGUGCUGCAAUCUUAGAGAGAGUGAACAACCCGCAGGAUGCAAAUACUCAAUUUGUUUAAAUUCUAAACAAUUAAUCAUUGUUAAUGGUUCAGCAACAUUUUUUUUAAAACUGAAACAGCUGGGAUGAAAUGCCGAAAGCCAGGAAAACUUUUAGUACCCAGGAAAACUGGGGUUGUAGUCUUCCAUAAUAUUAGCCUUUCUCUUGACCUGAAUGAAUAUCAUAAUUUCUGCUGAAAAGUGAAAAGAAUUUAUUCCUGCGCUCAGCAGAGAGUUGGACCGGAUGUUCUCCAGAGUUCCUUCCAUUCUGUGAUUGGGGUGUCCGCCGGGCAUGGUUAAAAAAAAAAUCGAGAUGGGGUCACAGCAGUGUGAUUGAAGCUCUGCCUGUUUUUUUAAUGUAUGUCAAGGCUUCCAUCUUGACCUUUCUGACCACACCCUGGGGACCCCCUCGAUGCUGUGGCCAACCUACUUGCUUCCUUGAUCAAUUCUAUACAGGCUUCAAAAUGACAUUCUUCUGGACGCAGUUUUUAAAGGUGUGUUUUAAGAUAACCACAGAUCGCAAGGCAAGGAUAUGAAGGUAGGCGCGUAAAGUUAGGGUGGGGGGAUUCGAUCGUAGGGAUGAGUGAACUCGGUGGCGCCAUUGGUCAAAUUAUGUUGACCACAGGGCUUGCUGGGAUUUUUAAGGAAGAGGUUCCAAUCUACGGCCUUUGCAAGCAUUUCUGAGAUUUGCAAACCAAGAUUAGAGAUUUAAGUUCUGUUUUUGCUGUAGAACAGUUCCUCAACCUU